GGGCUUCUCUCAGUUACUCUCUUUUCUCUCUCUGGAGCUCAAUAAAAAAGCUGCUCCGCCUUCAGUAAUAUAUAAAUACACCAUAGCUAAACUCCAUAUACACUUCUCAAGAUUAUUAUAAAGGCAAAGGGAAAAAGAUUAACCCCUUUUAUCCUGCUCUCUCUCUCUCUCUCUCUGCCCACGGUCUAUCCAUGCCCUAGAUCCACCCAUUGUCAAACCAUCAACUACUCAGUCUUUCAAUUUCCACUCAUGCGCCAUUCUUGUUUUCAGGUGAAGGAAUGGAAGAGGAGGAGUUCUUGCUGGGGUGAAGUGAAGGAAGAAACAAAAACCUGAUUUUGGAGGUGGGUUGCUGCGGGAUUGUGUUGUUUUGGGGUAGAAUGGGUUGUGUUUGUGGUAAGGCCUAUGCCAUUGAUGGUGAUAAGGAGAGUCCUGGGGAGAGGUUGUCUAAUAAAGGAAUAUCCGAUUUGCGGGCUUCCCGGUCUGUUUCUUCCAGGAGGGAGGAGAGUUACCUGGCAAAGGAUCGGUUGGAUAAUGGUGGCAACGAGGGGCGGGUGGUCUUGAUAGAUAAGCAGGUCAAUGGUUCAGCUAGGUUAAGGGGAGAGAAUUUUGAGAGGAAAAGGGAGAAGGCUGAGUAUACUUCUGCGGUGCACCAUCCCGGGGCGGGCAUGGUCCUGAGGGCAACUGAAGGGGAACAGGUUGCAGCUGGAUGGCCGCCUUGGUUGGCUGCUGUGGCUGGUGAAGCUAUCAAAGGAUGGGUGCCAAGGAGGGCAGAUUCUUUCGAAAAGUUGGAUAAGAUUGGUCAGGGUACUUACAGUAAUGUUUAUCGUGCCCGUGAUCUUGAUGAAGGGAAGAUUGUUGCUUUAAAGAAAGUAAGGUUUGAUAACAUGGAGCCUGAAAGUGUACGUUUUAUGGCAAGGGAAAUUCAUAUUUUGCGGAGACUCAACCAUCCAAAUGUGAUCAAAUUGGAAGGUCUGGUUACAUCACGGAUGUCUUGCAGCUUGUAUCUAGUUUUUGAGUACAUGGAGCAUGAUUUGGCCGGACUUGCAUCACACCCUGGUCUCAAGUUUACCGAACCUCAGGUUAAAUGUUACAUGAAACAACUUUUACGCGGGCUUGAUCAUUGUCAUAGCUGUGGCAUCCUUCAUCGUGAUAUAAAAGGUUCCAACCUUCUGAUUGACAAUAAUGGCAUCCUGAAGAUUGCAGACUUUGGUCUUGCUAGUUUCUAUGAUCCUCAUCAGAGUCAACCACUGACCAGCCGUGUUGUGACCCUUUGGUAUCGACCACCUGAACUUCUGCUUGGUGCAACAUAUUAUGGAACUGCCGUGGAUUUGUGGAGCACGGGUUGCAUACUUGCUGAAUUAUAUGCUGGCAAGCCUAUUAUGCCUGGUAGAACGGAGGUUGAACAGUUGCAUAAAAUAUUUAAACUCUGUGGAUCACCAUCAGAGGAGUACUGGAGAAAAUCAAAGUUGCCUCAUGCAACAAUUUUCAAGCCCCAACAGCCUUACAAACGCCGAGUUGCGGAAACAUUUAAAGAUUUCCCUGCACCAGCAUUAGCACUCAUAGAGAUCUUACUCUCUAUAGAUCCCGCAGAUCGAGGAUCCGCAGCCUUAGCUUUGAAGAGUGAGUUCUUCAGUACUAAACCGCAUCCUUGUGAGCCGUCAAGUUUGCCAAAAUAUCCUCCCAGCAAAGAGUUUGAUGCUAAAGUACGAGAUGAAGAAGCAAGGAGACAAGUGGCAGCGGGAAGCAAAGGUCAAAGGAAUGACCUUGAAAAGAGAGGAUCAAGAGAAUCUCGUGCAGUUCCAGCACCUGAUGCCAAUGCUGAACUGAUCUCAUCUAUGCAGAAAAGACAAGGUCAGUCCAACUCCAAGAGCCGGAGUGAGAUGUUCAGUUCUCAUCCUGAAGACGUGGCUUCUGGUUUUCCAAUUGAUCCACCUAGGCCCUCCCACUCUGUGGAAGAAACAAGUAAUGAUCCACAAGGAAGUAUCCACAAACGGGCAUCCCAUUCAGGGCCUUUGGUUAAUCGGGCUGCCUGGACAAAGGCUGGAAAGGGCAUGGAAGAUGCUCCAAAGAGUCUGGCUGUAGCUGACUUAUCAGCCAUGUCAGGCCUGGUAGCUGCUAGGAGGAGCAUGUUGUCUGAUGAGCAUCGGGAGAAAUCUUAUUCUCAGCAGGGAGUUCCGAAGCUUAUAUCCCGGUUUCCAGGAUCAUUCAAAGAAGCUUCGAAUUCAAUGACGAGGCAAGACCACCAAAAGAAUAACGGACUGCAAGAAGAUGAAAAAGGAAACAACAAUCCUGUUCUUGUGGGUAGAGGGUCAAAGGGCAACAAAAUUCACUACUCUGGACCGCUGUUAGUCCCUUCCGGGAAAGUGGACCAGAUGUUGAAGGAUCACGAUCGCCAAAUCCAAGAAGCCGUUAGACGGGCUCGAUUGGACAAGGAGAGAAUGCGGAAAAUGCAGGUCGAAGGAAACCAGUUAUCGACAAACUCAUUAUUUGUUUCUGGCCGAUGACUGCAACAGAUUCGACCGAGAACCGCUGAAGGACGGGCCACAUAGGCCGUCAAUGAAAUUCGUGAUUCUUUAAUAAUUAGUUCGUUCCAUCUUUUAGUCUUUUUGUUUUUCUCCAGUGGAGGAUGUUGAUGGAGAAGACAGUAAAUUACUGUAUAGGUGCAGCCGAGGUAGGUCUGGUUCCAAGGUAUAAGAGUUGAGUAGGAAUUCUCUCCUUUUCGCCCCCAUAUAUGGGGCCGACUGAUCAUCUGUAUUUUUUAUUGUAGUUCAUCAAAGCUUAUGAUCAAUUUGAAUACAUAUGUUUA